UCCCGGGAGUGGGACAUGGCGCUGCUUCGGUUCCUGCUGCUGCGGGGCCGCUGCGGCUGGCGGGCUAACCCCGCGGCGUGGGCCCGGCCUCGGCCCCGGGGCCCGCAGGGCCUUCUGUCACAAACACUUUCUCCCACGUGUCGAGGUCUGGGUGGAGUCCUACUGAAACAGCGCCUCAUUCGAGAUCCAGCCAGGCUUUGGAAUCUCUUGGGUAGCACUUACUAUUUCACUACUUCAAGCUGCCAAAGGAGUAACCAUAAGAAUGGAGGAUUCAAAAAGAAAUCUCCAAAGGAGGAGGAGGAGGAAGAGAAGCGCAGGAGAAGGGAAAAUCAGAUGCACCUUGAACGCCUGCGGGCUCUGCUCAUCAUUACUUUAAUAGUGCUGCUGUUUCGAUUCACGGUCAGCGAGAACAGAGAAGGGACCAGCAUCUCCUGGAAUUACUUCAUCAGUGAGAUGCUGUCAAAGGGGGAGGUCCAGAGGAUCGAAGUGGUUCCAGAGAGCGAUAUUGUGGAGAUCUACCUGCACCCGGGAGGCACUCCGCGUGGACAAGUGAACGUUACCCUGCUGUACACCAUGCGAGUGGCAAACAUUGACAAGUUUGAAGAGAAGCUGAGAGCUGCGGAGGACGAGCUGAAUAUUGAUGAGAGAGAGAGAAUCCCUGUUUCCUACAAACACCCCGGCUUUUAUGGAAAUGAUGUCAUUUCCCUGGUAGUGACACUUGUGGCUGUGUCCAUGCUGUGGAGCCUCUUCCGCCUCAUAAGGGUUGCGGGCCGGGCAGGAGGAUUCAAUGCUUUUAAUCAGCUGAAAAUGGCUCGUUUCACCAUUGUGGAUGGAAAAUCCGGGAAAGGGAUUGGCUUCAAGGAUGUAGCAGGAAUGCACGAGGCAAAAAUGGAAGUCAAAGAAUUUGUGGACUACUUGAAGAAUCCUGAUCGCUACCUGCAGCUCGGUGCCAAAGUGCCCAAGGGUGCCUUGUUGCUUGGACCACCAGGCUGCGGGAAGACGUUGUUGGCCAAGGCAGUGGCCACAGAAGCACAGGUGCCUUUCUUGGCCAUGGCAGGCUCCGAAUUUGUGGAGGUGAUAGGAGGUCUGGGAGCUGCACGAGUCCGCAGCCUGUUCAGAGAAGCGCAGGCUCGUGCACCCUGCAUUGUGUACAUCGAUGAAAUUGAUGCUGUGGGCAAGAAGCGCUCAACUAAUGUGUCUGGUUUCGCCAAUGCUGAGGAGGAGCAGACCUUAAAUCAGCUGCUGGUGGAAAUGGAUGGAAUGGGGACCACAGAUCACGUCAUAGUGCUGGCUUCCACCAACCGUGCUGAUGUUUUGGAUAAUGCCUUGAUGAGACCUGGCAGGCUUGACAGACACAUCUUCAUUGAUCUUCCAACACUCCAGGAGAGAAGAGAGAUCUUUGAGCAGCACCUGAAGGGUCUCAAGCUGAUCCAAGAUGCCAGCUUCUACUCGCAGCACCUUGCUGAGCUGACUCCAGGCUUCAGUGGAGCAGACAUAGCAAAUAUAUGCAAUGAGGCUGCUCUCCACGCUGCCAGAGAAGGCCACAAAUCCAUUGAUACUUCCAACUUUGAGUAUGCUGUGGAAAGAGUCAUUGCAGGCACUGCCAAGAGAAAUAAAAUCCUGUCACCUGAAGAGAGGAAGGUGGUGGCGUUUCACGAGUCGGGCCACGCGUUGGUCGGCUGGCUGCUGGAGCACACGGAGGCAGUGAUGAAGGUUUCCAUUGCCCCUCGGACAAAUGCAGCACUUGGAUUUGCCCAGAUCCUUCCAAGAGAGCAGUACCUCUUCACCAGGGAGCAGCUGCUAGAGAGGAUGUGUAUGGCGCUGGGAGGGAGAGUGUCUGAAGCCAUCACCUUUAACAAAGUCACCACAGGAGCACAGGAUGACCUGAAGAGGGUGACCAAGAUAGCCUACUCCAUGGUGAGGCAGUAUGGGAUGGUGCCCAGCAUCGGGCAGAUCUCCUUUCCGGAUGGGGAGAGCACAGUUGGAAUUGGCCGGCGCCCCUUCAGCCAGGGCCUUCAGCAGAUGAUGGACCACGAAGCAAAAGUGCUGGUGGCUCAGGCCUACAGACGCACAGAAAAACUCCUAUUGGACAACCGAGAUAAGCUGCAAACACUGUCUAAUGCCCUACUGGAGAAAGAAGUGAUAAAUUAUGAUGACAUUGAAGCUUUGAUUGGGCCUCCACCCUACGGGCCAAAGAAAAUGAUAGCUCCUCAGAGCUGGCUUCAAGCAGAGAGAGACAAGCAAGACACUCGAGAUGAAGAAGUGCCCCAGCAGCCACCAAACCAUGAGGAGGAGGAAGAACCACGCCUGAGGCCAGUGUGAAGGCCACUCCUGAUGCAGAACGGGAGGACUCUAGAAGCUUCUUUUGAACACAAACCCUUCCUCUUCUCAGCUCUGAAAUCAAAAAUAAAGAGCAGGGCAUCUCUGUGUUGCUACUUCCCUGAAAUUAAA